UUAUUUAAUCAAAAUUUAACUAGUUUAUUUGCUAAACGCCCCGUCCGUUUUCUGAGUCUAUAUAAACCAGCGAAAAUUUGGGGAGCAAGUCACAGUGCCGGUUUUUUUCGCAAACUGGCCCAUUAAUAAUGUAAUAAAAAAAUUGAGUGCUCAAAUAAAAGCAGAAAUGUAUCGUACAAUUUUCCUACUAGCGUCUCUUUGGAUGAUAGUGCAAAGUUACCCGAAUCCAGAUACAAAUGCGGCUCCUAAGAAUGAUGAAUUUCCUAUAGUGACCACACCACUGGGUCAAUAUCAAGGUUCGACAAUUUUAUCUAGACUGAGAAAACCGAUUUAUUCAUUUAGGGGUAUCAGAUAUGCUAAGGCGCCUGUCCAAGACCUCCGAUUCCAACCUCCAGUUCCUAUAGAGAAACACGAAGGAGUCUUCAAUGCCACUGUUGAUGCUCCAUUGUGUCCUCAACCUACCUCAGAUCCAGUGUCUGAAGACUGUUUAUUCCUCAACGUUUAUAGCAAUAAAUUACCCAAAGGAACUGACAAAGUAAAACGUCCAGUGAUAGUGUACAUUCACGCUGGCGGUUUUUAUAGUGUUGGUGGAGCUAGUUAUUGGGCAGGUCCGCAUUACCUGCUGGACCAGGAUGUUGUCUUGGUUACCUUUAAUUACAGAUUGGGAACGCUAGGUUUUCUGGCAACUGGUGAAAAGGAUGCUCCAGGAAACAAUGGUCUAAAAGACCAGGUUCAGGUACUGAAGUGGAUUAAACAAAACAUUGAGGCUUUUGGUGGUGAUCCCAACUCUGUUACUAUCAUGGGUUAUAGUGCAGGUGCCAUGAGUGUGGUUUUGCAUAUGGUAUCGCCUAUGUCUGUAGGUCUUUUCCAUAAAGCAGUUGCUAUGAGCGGUUCCCCAACCUCCCAAUGGACCAUCGGUCAUGAGCAACUUGAAUUAGCCAAGAAACAAGCCAAAUUCUUGGGUUGUCCCGAUGAUACUGCUGCUAACAUCAUCAAAUGCCUAAAAACAAAACCGGCUAACGAUUUGGGUCAAAGCUUACCCAAAUUCCAGGAAUUUGGCACUGACCCUGUCAUGAUUUGGACCCCGGUGAUGGAAAAGGAUUUCGGGCAACCCCGGUUUUUGACAGCUCACCCCAUAACCUUAAUUCAAAAUGGCGAGUUCCAGAAGGUGCCUUUUAUUACUGGUGUCACGACGGAUGAGUUUGCCCAGAAGGCAUUUUUGGUGGUUAACAAUGAGACGCUUUUGAAACAGCUAAAUGAAAAAUGGGAGGAUACUGCUCCAAUUCCAUUUUUAUAUGAGAGAAAAACCGAUAAUUCGAAAACAAUCAGUAAAACCUUGAAAAAAAUCUAUUUCGAUGAUAAACCCAUUGACAAAAGUAACCUUGCUAAACUGGGAGAGUUGUAUGCAGACUCAGUUAUCGGUUUUGGUGUAAACAGAGCUGUGAAAUUGAUAAGCGAAAAAAACAAUGCUUCCACCUUCUAUUACAAGUUUAGUUACCAGGGGAGGUACAGUCAUUUUUACACGCCUGACAGCAAUGGCACCAAGCCAUAUGGGGUGGUGCAUCAUGACGACCUAAUUUAUCUUUUUUACAUCUCUAAACUGUUUCCACUAUUCAAAGAAAAUUCUCCUAAGGAGGUUGAGAUGGUGACUAAACUUACAAUCCUUUAUGCAAACUUUGCUAAAUUUGGUACGCCCAUCCCCACACCAAAUGACAGAUUGGAUAACAUCAAAUGGGAACCGUACACUCCAAAAAAUCAAAAAUACCUGGAUAUUGGGAACAAAUUAACUCUACAAGAGAAGCUGUUUGAGAAACGUUACGCUGAAUGGGAAAAACUUUUCCCAUUGGACAAAUAUGCUAAGAUUAAAGUUUAAAGGCUGAUUUUCCGGAAACUACGACCCAUGGCAAUGUACAACGGACUAAGGAAUAAUUUUAGUAGUAGAAUAACGAGCAAUGAAAUAAAAAAUACAAAAAAAAUACUUAAUUAUCAUACAAGACAGCCGAAUUAUUUAUUCUUAUUGGGCCCAGUGUAUAUAUUGUUUGUACCAUGUGUGUGAAUAUUCAAAUAUAUUUGUACUAAUAAAAACUAUUUUUUUAUUAUGAA